AAGCAAACCCACUAACAUUUGCAUACCAUAUAUCUUCUUUGACUAAGUUCAGCACAUCAUCCCCUUCUUCGCCACCAAGAAAACCCUAAGCCCUACAUAAAAUACAAGGUAUUGAAAGAGAAGUUGGACAAAGAAAGAGAAAUGAGUCUGCUUUCGAAUGCAGAUUGGGGACCAAUCGUUGUUGCAGUGGUCUUGUUUAUCCUCUUGUCGCCAGGGAUGAUGUUCCAAUUGCCAACGAGGACAAGGGUGAUAGAGUUUGGCAACAUGUGCACAAGUGGGAUAGCCAUCUUGGUUCACGCCAUAAUUUAUUUCAGCUUAUUCACCAUCUUGAUCAUGGCAAUUGGUAUUCACAUACAUGUUUACUAGUUGAUCCAAAAUCUCAACGAAAAGGGUAGGCUCUUCUUUGGCUCCUUUCCGUAAUUUGUCUUCACUGUUAUUUCAUUGUUGUUUGUAAGAGAAAAUUUGAAUAGCGUAAUGAUGAAUCUAUUUCUUCUUAAGAUGGUUUGAUAUAUAUGAAGUUGUAGAGGGAUAUUGAUACAUUUUGGAGAAGCAUCUGAAGUGUCAUCUGUCUAGAAUAAUAGACUCCUCAAUGGGUCAAUAUUGUCUUAGGGUCGAGUUGGGCUUUUGUCUCCCAACGGGGAAUUCACAGAGUAGAAGGUCAUGUUGGAUUGAAGCGUUGAGUACAAGGUAGGGUGUGAACCCUUAAAUAGCAUCUAAGGCAUACUACCACUUUAUCAAGUGUUUCAAGCCCAACCAUGCACACGACACUCAUGUGCCCCUAGUAGGAAGUUGUACGCCACACACGUUUCAAUUUGAUGAGGUGCUCUCGCUCUGUGUAUCCCACAUUUGAUUCAGUUUUUGGACAAAAUUGGAAGACAAAACCUUAACUUGAUUUAGGAAAAACAUCAGCCCGUUGAAGAAUUUGUCGACUUCAAAUAAACAUAACUUUGAGAUCUUUACUAAAAGAAAUCAGCCCUCAAAAGAAGUUUAUUAUGAUUAAGGUCUUUUAUAA